GAGGACGGGUGGAUCAUCCAAUACCACUCUGACUCGCGGUGGAAACAACAGAAGACGUCCGAGUAGUAUGGCACGGGAUGAAGCUCAAGCUGAGUUAGCACGGAUUCGCGAAGCUGCCAUCAGAGCAGAAGAAGCGACGUCAUUGAGAAGAGUCCAGUCAAUGAGUGGAUUACCGCCUACCAACCUUUCUCGAGAACAGCCUUCACCUGUCUUGGUCGUUGGGAGUCGAAGGCGUAGGAGAGAGGACGAGGGAGAAGAGGAAGCAUCUACUCAAAUAGAGAAGAAGUCCGAUGAACGACCUCUCAAACGACCUCGAUUCACGACGGGAAAACCUAUGAUUAUUGAGUCUUCUCGUCCUUCGUACCUAUCGUACACCACUACGGAUCCGUCGAUCGCCUUGCCCACCGAAUUUGACAUGCCCGAUCGUCACUCCCAUUUGUCUUUGGUCCCGAAGAUCUUGCCCAAUGGAGGCGUUCGACAUGUCAUCACUUUCACGCUCCACCCUUUACCUGCAGGAGAUGACUCUGACGCGUCGUCUUUACGGACGACACGACAUAUUCCGGUGGAAUGUGGUAUCUACUACUACGAGAUAGAGGUUUUGGAUCAGGGCGAACAAGGGUUCAUGAGCUUGGGAGUUUCGACCUCCGCGGUUCAUCUCGGACGGCUGGUCGGAUGGGAUGAUGGUAGUUAUGGGUGGCAUGCGGAUGAUGGGAUGAGUUUCGAAG